CAGAAAUAAUGCUCGGUGUUCUGGUCAGGAGAUAUUCAACUAGACAAUCUAUAUCGGAGAUAUUGCAACAAAAAUCUCUAGGAAAAUGCGAUGUUUCUGGAUGGGUUCGAAAUGCAAGAAAACAGAAAGAAAACACAUUUCUAGAUUUAACAGAUGGGUCAUCUUUCACACAUUUACAGGUUGUGUUGCCUAGUAGUUUGGUUCCUCAUGACUUAAAGAACCACUCUGCUCUGAGGGUGUCCGGAGAUUUGAUUGCAAGUAAUCACAAAGGCCAAGAAGUUGAAUUGCAUGCUCAGGAGAUAAAAGUUAUCAACAGCUGUGAGGAACCCUACCCACUUCAACCUAGAAAACAUUUUAGUUUGAAUUUUGUCCGACAGUUUCCAUGCUACAAGAGUAAAACUAACAGUAUAUCAUCCAUACUUAGGAUACGAAACCGUCUUACUCAAGCAAUUCAUCAAUAUUUUCAGGACAAUGGUUACAUUCAGAUCCACACGCCAAUUCUUACCUCUAAUGACUGUGAAGGAGGAGGUGAAGUGUUCAAAAUUACAGAAACUAAAUCAAAAACAAAGAAUAAUAGCGAAGAAACAAAUCUAGAAUAUUUUGAUAAGCCUGUUUUCCUCACUGUAUCCGGCCAGCUGCACUUAGAGGCAAUCUGCAAUGGUAUAUCUAAGGUUUACAACUUUAAUCCCGCUUUUAGAGCAGAAAAAGGUCGUACGAGACGACAUCUGUCAGAGUUUUGGAUGGUUGAAGCAGAGAUGGCUUUUGUUGAGGACAUUCAUGUUUUAAUGGACGGAAUAGAAGAACUAAUUAAAAAUGUAACAAUUAAUUUUCUAAAAUACCAAGCCGAAGAUUUAAAGUCUUUUGCAAAAUCUGCCAAAGUUGAAGAUAGAACAGAAAUUCUAAGAAAUAUGGUAUCACUUGGUUUCCACAGAAUAACAUUCACCGAAGCUUGUCAGAUGCUCAGUGAUGCCGGUCAGUUUGAUAAGGUUGUGGAUGAUUUUUCAAGAGAGCAUGAGCUUUACCUAUGCAAAAAAUUAGGAGGACCAGUGUUUGUUUACAAUUGGCCCAGAAGCUCAAAACCAUUUUACAUGAGAACAUGUCAGGAGGAUAGUGAUCUAGUAUAUUGUGUUGACCUUCUUGUACCUGGGGUUGGAGAACUAUGUGGCGGAAGUCUCAGAGAGAUUAGCGCUACGGCCCUCGAAUCUAGGGUAGAAGGCUCCGAGCUUGAAUGGUAUAUUGAUAUGAGAAGAAAGGGUUCUGCUCCGACUGCAGGCUUUGGAUUAGGAUUCGAAAGAUUAAUUCAGUGGUUGAUCGGAGCUGAAAACAUUAAAGAUACAAUUCCGUUCUACAGAUCAUCGCAUGAGUGUCAACUGUAACAUAUCUGUUGCUAGAACAUAUACACUGAUUCAGAUGUCAAAUUAUACAAUCCUAAAAAUUGAGAUUCUAAAAUUACUAAAAAGUCUGAAUUGGUAAACACAAGUGUAUAAGAACGUCAAAAUAUACGAUUUAUUUGUUUUUCAGA